AUGUCUGCCGAUCUGCUCGCCGCCUUUGGAACAGGCGUGACUCCUGCAGACUCUCAUAGCCAUGCAGACAGCAGCAAUAACAACAACAACAACAAGGCUUCACAACUUGAGCCGGUUAAUUCUUUCGAUGACGAUGAUUUUGACUCGUUUGUGAGCCCUGAGCCUACUCACACCGCUCAGCAAGAUUUUCAUGUGACCGCAUCAGAACCUGCGGCGUACAAUCGGUCUAACCAAAACGCUAGCUAUUUUGACACGUCCAAAGAAGACCUGUGGCUUCCGAGCGAGCCAGGCGGAGAAGUGCUAUUCGACGCUGCUCUGGAAGAAACAGCUGCAGACAAAGACGAUUGGGGUGAAUUUGAGGCCGCUCAGAAUACCGCGAGCAAUCAGUUAUUGGACCUUGAUAGUGGCAAUCAGGCUUCAGUCGCUUCCAGUGUGAAGGCAAACCGAACAGCGUCAAAACCAACAGCCCCUUUUGACCUCCUUUCAUUAGAUGACAGUCUUCCAUUGAAGAAGCAAGCCCCGGUUCCCAACCACGGUCCACGUAAAUUACCAUCGCUAGCGACCCCCCAAGCAAAGGUUAGUCGGAGUACCCCAGCUCCUCGGGCAACUCCAAAGGUUUCUCCAGAAGAUGAUUUCUUCGGGGAAUGGGAUGACUUCAAGGAUGGCCACGAAGAAUCAAAAAAACCACAGGCGAAGGAAGUUACUGCAAGCAAGCCAAAACAGAGCAAUACAAAUAUAUUAAAUCAUUACAAAAAAAGCUCGAUAUCGGAAGUUAAUGUGCGCCCUACCAACAUCCCUCCUCCUUCUGUCAUCUUGCAGGUCUUCCCUUCCGUCCUAGAAAGCUUUCGUGAGCAAGUCAACCAGAGUAAACGGAAAUCCGCAGCGCCUAGCCAGGACCUUAUUACAUCUUUGGUGUCUACCCUCAAAGCAACUUCUCGCGUCGUCGCAGGUCGUUCACAAAGAUGGAAAAGAGAUACAAGAUUGAGCCAAAGUAUGAAAAUUGGACCGGCGGGGUCUGGAAAGACCAGUGGGAUGAAAUUGAGCUCGGUGAGUAAAGGUGAAAAUAUCAAAGAGGAGCAAGAAGUUGUGACUGUUAUUGAAUCUUGGCGCAAUAAUACUGCUUCCUUCAAUUCAUUUAUUCAGUCGUCUGGUGGGCGACCAAUACCUGUGGUUGCGGACAAAACCCGAGUCGAUACAGCGAGUCCAGAAGAUGGGGCGCUCAAAGCUUCUCAUGCAUGUGCCUUGUGUGGACUCAAACGAGACGAGCGACUACCCAAGAUCGACGAGGAUAUCCAGGACAGCUUCGGGGACUGGUGGACAGAGCAUUGGGGUCAUACGGACUGCAGGCGGUUCUGGGAAGAAAACUCGAAGCAUCUCUCCCAACGCUAA